AUGGCGUUGUCAGCAGCGGUUAGGAUAUUAUGUGAGAACUCAAAUGAAAUCUUCUUUGACGUAUGUAAGGUAUUACUUUCAUACGCCGACGAUAUUUUAAGGCAUCCUAAUGUGGAAAAAUAUAGAUCAAUACAUAUAGACAGUCCUACAUUCUCUGGUAAGCUGCUGCCUAUCAACGGUGCUGUGGAAUGCCUCUUUGAAAUGGGCUUUGUGGAGGCAGACACACAUUUGGUAUUUCCCAAGUCUGCAUCAUUGUACCAGCUGAAGAUAAUCAGAGAGUCCAUAGCUGCACAAAGAGCCCAGAGACUUGGUGGAGGGCAGCAUGACCACCUUUCGACUGAGGCGACUGCAGAAAGACAAACUUCAUCAGACUCGUCCCUUCUUGAUAAUCCAUCAUCACAGUCGAACAGCAAGGACUUCUUUGUGACUCUUCAGUCAAACUUCCAACGUGUUCUACUGUAUGAGAACCCUGAGCUUCAGCAGAAAGCCAGAACCUGCAUUCCUUACAAGCAACUGUCCUCUGCUGCUGAGCAGAAGCUGAAGUUGGCUAAGGAGGCUGUGACAGCUUGCAAACUAGGAAAAGAGGACUUCCUGGUGCUGGAGUUGCUAAGGUGGUUCAAAAAUGAAUUCUUCUCCUGGGUUGACUGUUUGCCCUGCAGCCAAUGCAGUGGCCCGACACAGAAUACUGGUUCACUCAGCCCUACCGUCAAUGAUCUACGCUGGGGUGCCACGCGAGUGGAGAACCACUACUGUGAAACCUGCCAGUUAUCCACCAGAUUCCCUCGGUACAACAACCCGGAGAAGCUUCUCACAACCAGAAAGGGACGAUGUGGGGAGUGGGCCAACUGUUUUACCCUAUGUUGCAGAGCUGUUGGCCUUGAGGCUAGGUACAUCUGGGACAGCACAGAUCAUGUAUGGACAGAGAUAUACUCCGUUUCUCAGCGCCGCUGGCUGCACUGUGACUCAUGCGAGAAUGUAUGUGAUAAACCUUUACUGUACGAGCUUGGCUGGGGGAAGGAACUUUCCUAUAUUAUGGCCUUCUCACGGGACCAGGUGGUUGAUGUGACAUGGAGGUAUUCCUGCAAACAUCAAGAGGUUAUGUCAAGAAGAACAAGUGUUCAUGAGACUUUGCUGCUGCAUGCCAUUAUUGGACUCAAUGCUUUGAGACAACGCUCCCUGAGUGUCGAAAGGAAAGGCGAACUGAACAAAAGGCUACUAAUCGAACUUGUUGAGUUCAUUUCUCCCAAAAAACCCAAAGAAGGCGAGCUGGGAGGACGCAUCUCUGGGUCUCUGGAUUGGAAGAUAGCAAGAGGAGAGGCCGGAGGUUCAAAUUCACAGGUUACUAUGCGGGGCGCAGGCUACGUGUUCACGCCCACUGAUAAAGAGAGGCGGGACAAGUUCAUGCACGUGUUGUACAAUGCCACUAAAGAUCAAUACUGUCGAAUCUCCAAUGACUUUAAGGUCAUCCCCUCUUGGGAUCGAUGUGUGUGGAGGAAGGAAUCUGUCUUUAGGAAGGUGGAAAAUGACUGGGAGAUGGUAUAUAUUGCUCGAACUGAAGGCUCAUGUACAGGACAAAUCAGCUGGAAAUUCAACUUUGCUCCCGCGCAAUUAAGUGUACAGUCCGUUUCAAUCAGGGCCUGUACCCAAACUUUUAAUUGUGGGGAGGUCAACUGGCUCUUGCAAUCGGACACGAUAACAACUAACUUUAUUGGAGAUGGGAGCAUGAAGUCAUUCAAGUGUCUAAACGGCUGCCAUGAGUUCACUGUCACUGCCCUGCUCAGUGGCGGAGAAGGGAAUGCAUCAUGGCAACACUCCCAGCUCUUCAGACAGAGUCUAAAGGAGAAAGAGCAGUCUUCAUUUGAAAUUCUCAUUCACCUAAAAGACACAUGA